GCGCCUUCUCGUGCCUUAAAACCUACGCGAACCGCAAGAACAUUGCAGCCAGAGGCUCAUUUUCAAUCCGCUUCUGGCCCCUUGGUUUGCAGCCACCCAUAAUUCAGGAUGUUGGCCAAAUAUUUCGGGCUGACUUUUGCCUGUGCUAUUCUCGUGAGGGCACAGACCUCUGACGCUCCCACUCUUACUGCAUCUAUUUCCCCCGCCACCGAGACUGUCGCUGCCAAUUCAACACAUGCGAACGUUCCUCUCUUCAAGAACGAAGCUAUACAGUUGACUGAUGAUGUCGUCACAUACAUUCAAGAGAACCCGGAUCUUUCCCAGUAUGCUUCGUUAUUCGAGUUCGAGGACACCGUGAACUCAACAUUGCCUGCGCGCGUUCGGCGGGCUCGUAGAUCGCAGCGCUGCAAAACGAUGCCUGGAGAUCUUCUAUACCCGGGAAAGCUGACCUGGGGCAUUUUUGACCUCUUGCUUGGAGGUGCGCUGGAGAAGAUUGUUCCUAUAGGUUCGCCCUGCUACAAAACUUCCGAAUUCAAUAACUACGACGCUGAGAGAUGUAACUCGACUAAUGGAUGCAGCUACGGUGAUAAUGGCGCGCUCAUGAGCCCUUUGUACUCUGGAUUGACGUGUGAAAUACCUGCUUCUGGAAACUACACACGUGGAAAAUGUACUCAAGGCGGCUUUUCAAGUUAUGCUGUUAAAGUCGAAAAUGUUGCUCAAAUUCAGUUAGCCAUCAACUUUGCUCGGUCACUUGAUCUCCGUCUAGUCAUCCGCAACACUGGCCAUGACUACAAUGGUCGGUCAAUAGCUAAAGGCGCUUUAAGCAUCUGGACGCACGGUUUGAAAGAGAUCCAGUACGUUGCAGAUUAUCAGGACACAGAGUAUACUGGUCCUGUUUUUAAAGUUGGUGCUGGUGUUCAAGGCUUCGAGCUAUACCAAGCCGCUGAGAAAUACGGCGUUACCGCUGUCGCUGGUAUUUGCCCAACAGUCGGUGUCACUGGUGGCUAUACAACUGGUGGCGGCCACAGUCCUGUGAUGCAGCUAUUUGGUGUCGGCGCCGACCAAGUUGUCGCGCUUGAAGUUGUUCUCACCAGUGGACGCUUUGUUACUGUUACUCCAUCGGUGAAUAGCGAUCUGUAUUGGGCUAUGCUCGGCGGGGGUGGUGGUACGUUCGGUGUCGUUGUUUCUGCCGUGGUCAAAGUACAUCGUAAAAUCCCGGUCACGACUGCCACCUGGACAAUCGUGACUUCGGACUCCGUUUCGGAGGCGACUUUCUGGAAGGCUUUCAGGUUUUUCUGGGACAGCUUUCCUGCCUACAACGAGGCCAAAACAUACUCCUACUUUUCCUUGAUCAAGGUUGCUCCGAGAGCCUACUCCUGGUCCAUGGGUCCUUUCUUCGCCACUGACAUGUCAAUCGCGCAGUACGAGGCUCUCUUGAAACCUUUUUACCAAAAGUGUGCCGAACUUGGUAUUGCCUUCGCCCCUGAGGUUAAGCACUACGACAGCUUUUAUCCAGCGUACCAGGCCACAUUUGCCCCCCUCAACUUCCGCGUUGGCCGCGCGGUCUCGACGCCUGGCAACCGAAUACUUCCCGUGGAAAACUGGGAGACUGAAGACAUCCGUGACCAGACUUUUGCUGCAUUGAAGAAUGCAGUUGAUAAGUCACUUCUUCUAAGAGUUUAUCAUCAGCAUCCAGCUGAUUCUGAGAACAAAGACCUAAACUCAGUGAACCCAGCCUUCCGCAACGAAGCGUCUAUGGUGAUUAUUGUCAACUCGAUCACCGAUACAUCCGCAGCAGGCUACAAGGCUGCCAAUGCUAUCUUGACAAAUGACCUCAUCGGCGGACUCCGCAAAGUCUCUCCAGCUGGAGGCUCGUAUGCCAACGAGGCCGAAAUUUCCGAGCCAGAUUGGCAGAACGCCUUCUGGGGUAAGAACUACCCUAGGCUUUUGACAAUUAAGAAGCAGUACGACCCCACUGAUCUCUUUUAUGUUCAUCAUGGUGUGGGCAGCGAGAAUUGGGCUGUUGAUGACAAAGGCAUCGUUGGUGUGCAGUCACAGGAUGGUCCUCUUUGCCGUGUUUAG